CUUCAUAGAGGCGGGGCUGCGGAUGGCUCCGGGGUUCCUCUGACUUCCGGACAUCUCCCUGAGAGUCGCGCAGAGUGGAGCCAGAGGCAACCAGUGCUCGCUGCGGUCUCUGGGGAUCGGGACCGCGGCGACGGCCCCGCGGGCGAGAUGUUCCGUGGCUUGAGCAGUUGGUUGGGCUUGCAGCAGCCGGCGGCAGGCGGUGGGCAGCCCAAUGGAGACGCUCCACCCGAGCAUCCGUCCGAGACGGUGGCUGAGUCCGCGGAGGAGGAGCUGCAGCAAGCGGGAGACCAGGAGCUCCUCCACCAGGCCAAAGACUUCGGCAACUAUUUAUUUAACUUUGCAUCUGCUGCCACAAAAAAGAUAACUGAAUCAGUUGCUGAAACAGCACAAACAAUAAAGAAAUCCGUAGAAGAAGGAAAAAUAGAUGGCAUCAUUGACAAGACAAUUAUAGGAGAUUUUCAGAAGGAACAGAAAAAAUUUGUUGAAGAGCAACAUACAAAGAAGUCAGAAGCAGCUGUGCCCCCAUGGGUUGACACUAACGAUGAAGAAACAAUUCAACAACAAAUUUUGGCCUUAUCAGCUGACAAGAGGAAUUUCCUUCGUGACCCUCCGGCCGGCGUGCAAUUUAAUUUCGACUUUGAUCAGAUGUACCCCGUGGCCCUGGUCAUGCUCCAGGAGGAUGAGCUGCUAAGCAAGAUGAGAUUUGCCCUCGUUCCUAAACUUGUGAAGGAAGAAGUGUUCUGGAGGAACUACUUUUACCGCGUCUCCCUGAUUAAGCAGUCAGCCCAGCUCACCGCCCUGGCCGCCCAACAGCAGGCCGCAGGGAAGGAGGAGAAGAGCAAUGGCAGAGAGCAGGAUUUGCCGCUGGCAGAGGCAGUACGGCCCAAAACGCCACCCGUUGUAAUCAAAUCUCAGCUUAAAACUCAAGAGGAUGAGGAAGAAAUUUCUACUAGCCCAGGUGUUUCUGAGUUUGUCAGUGAUGCCUUCGAUGCCUGUAACCUAAAUCAGGAAGAUCUAAGGAAAGAAAUGGAGCAACUAGUGCUUGACAAAAAGCAAGAGGAGACAGCCGGACUGGAAGAGGAUUCUGCAGAUUGGGAAAAAGAACUACAGCAGGAACUUCAAGAAUAUGAAGUGGUGACAGAAUCUGAAAAACGAGAUGAAAACUGGGAUAAGGAAAUAGAGAAAAUGCUUCAAGAGGAAAAUUAGCUGUUCCUGAAAUAGAAGAAUAAUUCUUAACAGUCUGCAAACUGACAUUAAAUUCUAGAUGUUGACGCUUACGGAAUCAGAAGGCAUAAAAGAGUAUAAUUUUAUGAAAUUCAAAAUUAUUCUUUUUUCAAGUUGAAACUUGCCUCUUCUACUUUAAAAAAGUAUAUAGAACAGUUACUUCUAAUAAUCAGAAAGAGGUGUUUUGUAGAACAUUUCUUUAAUAUAAAUAAAGUUAGAGAUGUCUUCGUAGGCAGUAUGGCUAUCUUUGCCACAGAAACAUAAGUAAAAUUUUAGAGUUCUGUUUUCCAUAAGGUCAGAAAUAUAAUUUAUUCCUCAGUCAUGGUUUUCUAAAUAUCUGUACUCCACAUUGCAUUUUAAUUGAUAUGUGGGUGUUAAAGUACCUACUUAAUGGGUUGAUUACUAUCAAAAUGACCAAAUUAUACCAAAGAACUUAAGAGGAAGCAAUUUCAGAACUAUUCGCCUGCCAAGUAUUUUCUAAAAUUCCACCUGAAAGCCAAAAGAUAAAAUAAAUAAGUUGAUUUUAAUGAUA